AUGGAAGCGAUUGAACUCAUGCAGCGGCAAGCCGGUCUUGAUGUAUACUUUCCCGGGUGCAACUGGUACUAUCGACAGCACCGUCCCAGGCAUCUUCCCUACAUGGAUGGGAGCCUAUAUAAACCCUGGCAACCAUAUAAUGAGGUGCUGCUUACGAUGGAGCGCCAGCGACGCAGAUGCCCCGCAAGUAUUGAAGAAGCCUGCAUCUAUGGCAGUCUCGCCCACGUCAUUAAGUUCUGGGCCCAAGGCCAAGAGUUGCGGGAAGGUCCUGUUAACUUUGAAGGAAGUGACGCGACACUGCUUAUGUGGUGCGCACUCCGUGGCAAUUUAGGCGUUGCGCGAUUUCUGCUGGAUCAGGGCGUGAAACUAAAUGUGUCUAAUGGGUUAGGCCACACUGCGCUUCACUGGGCGGUGGCAGGUGUUCAAUACGACGUGACAAGCUUACUUCUGGAUCAUGGCGCCGACCCUCUUCAAAAAGAUUUUCAAGGGUAUAGUGCGUACUUUUCGGCUGUCCAGGCAAACAACCUGCCCUUGCUGCUCAUGUUAUGCGAAUGUCAUCCGCUUGACGCGAAGGAGCGGGAUUUGGAAGGUCAUUCCCUGUUGCACUGGGCAGCCUACACGAAUUCCCUGGCAAUUUGCCAGUACCUCGUCGAAAAGUGUCACAUUGAGUUGGACACGCUCGAUAAUAAUAGACGCACCCCGCUUCUCUGGGCCGCCCGCGAAGGCUACGCAGUGGUUGUGGAGUACCUCGUCUCGUGCGGGGCUCGUACAGAUGUGGCGGACAUGAACAAUUACACAGCACUUCAGUAUGCCCGUUUCAGAAAUCACCGUGAGACAGUGUACGUGCUGACGAAAAAUCAUGCGGCGCUGCGGAAUGGCAUAAAUGAGUCGGUCCACAGCGACUCUUCGCCAUUUAAUACGGUGGGAAGAAGCUGCACUGAGGUGCGUCGGAAUCGGCGACGUGGUACAAUGAGCAUGAUGCUUCGCGAGCCAAUUUUCCUGGUCAUGUCACUCUUUGGCCUUUUCUACGUGGCCUUCUCCUACCUGCUUCUAAAGGUUAUCCCUCCACUGAUUAGCCACUUCGUAGUGGCUUUGUUUUUCUUCCGAAAUGCACUCUGGACGAUUCUCUUUGGAUUUCCUGUGCAGGGGGGAAAACCAGAGCUUUCCUCCAUACAGAAACUAGGAAUUGCGAAUAGUUUUGGUGAAUCUGCGCGUGGUAUUUGGCUUUUCAGAGACCGUGACGCGGCCUCUCUCCUCGCAUUAACGGCCUUUGUGCUGCUGCAGCAGUAUGCGUGGGCGAAGAUGGGUCUUGUACCGCUAAUCACGUACUAUCGUCCCGAUGAAGCCGCACUUACAGGACACACUCUUGAAAGCGUUUACCAACCCAGAGAGAAGGGUUUAUUCGGUUUGCUCUUUCACAAUAAGGCAGAGUUGGAACAAUUUGUGCUACUAUCCUUGCUCUGCCUUAUGUUGUUGAGCGGCAUGCUAUGCAAGCUGCUUUCCAUGCGUUCUACGCAUGAGCCGUCUGAGUCGUCUUUGGAUGCCUCUCCUCUGUGGGCCAUCAUGAGGCGGCGCGCCUAUCGCUGGUUGCACCCUCGUAUCCUUUCCAUGGAAAGGCACAUGUUGAUCCCACUCCGUACCUUUUAUUGCUACGAGCGAGAUGUCUUUUUGCGGCGCUUUGACGGCUACAGCAUUGCCCUUGACUGCCCAAUCGCAGAGAGUAACCAUCGCUUGUUCUUUAUAUUUGUCACAAGCUUUGCGUGCUUGCAGUGGCUCACCUUUGUUUGGUCCUGGGAGCAGACAAGCGAGUUACUUCAGUGCCCCCAACAUUCCUCCUUUCUCGGGUGGGUAUUUGGGUCACUCUGGAGUCUGCUUAUUCACGCAUUGCCUUGUCGCGAUGAGACGCGUCGCGCUGUGGCCUCCUACGGCCCUUGGUUGUCGUGGCUGCGGUACAUACUCCCAACUGAGGCGAACCACCUGGGAGUGUGGCUGUUGCAGUAUAGUCUCUGGGCCGCCGUCUUGGCGACUUGGGUGGCGGUGCGGCAAUGGGUAGCCGCGGCCACGGGUGCGACAUGCGUAGAAUUGGCGAACCCCACGGCAACAAGUAGUGAGGGCGGCCUUGUCAGCAUCUUCCCUCCGACGCUCUCCUCUGCGGCACCCUGGUUUCCGCCAGAGGGCGUCACCGAGGGAGUAGCAAAACCGGUGGAGGACACGACGGCUGUGCCACCCGUAGCGAAAAUAAACUUCCGCUGCAUAUAUGCGAAUCACGGCAAUGCAUUGCUGAACAUGCUUGACUUUUUUCUCGGUCGCGCCGGACGCCGUUGGCGUGGCGCAGUAGCGGUUUCCCCUGCAAAUGCGCCGCUGUUUACCCUUGCGGUGCUGAGUGACCCCGGUGGCGGGUAG